AGCUGGAACAGGAGCCAUGUUGCUGUACCCGUUGGCCCUCACCCUCAUUCUGCUGGUGGUCUCUGGCAUCGAGUGUGAGCUGAAGGAAGUUUGUUCUGGAAGCCCGGGCAUCCCUGGCACUCCGGGAUCCCACGGCCUGCCAGGCAGAGAUGGGAGAGAUGGUGUCAAAGGAGACCCCGGACCUCCAGGCCCCAUGGGCCCCCCUGGAGGAAUGCCAGGCCUUCCCGGGCGUGAUGGGCUGAUCGGAGCACCUGGCAUUUCUGGUGAGCGUGGAGACAAAGGAGAACCUGGUGAGAGGGGCCCUCCAGGGCUUCCAGCUUAUCUGGAUGAGGAGCUCCAAACCACACUCCAAGAGCUCAGACAUCAAAUCUUGCAAUCAAAGGGAGUCCUCAAUUUGCAGGGUUCCAUGCUGAAGGUGGGAGAGAAGGUCUUCGCCACCAAUGGGCAGACGGCCAAUUUUGAUGCCAUUAGAGAGUCAUGUAGCAGAGCUGGCGGCAGCAUUGCAGCCCCACAGAGUCCAGAAGAGAAUGAGGCCAUUGCAAGCAUCGUGAAGAAGCACAACACUUACGCCUACCUGGGCCUGUCCGAGAGCCCCACCCCUGGAGUCUUCCACUACCUGGAUGACACUCCUGUAAAUUACACCAAAUGGUACCCUGGGGAGCCCAGGGGUCGGGGCAAGGAAAAGUGUGUGGAGAUGUACACAGAUGGGCAGUGGAAUGACAAGAGCUGCCAUCAAUACCGACUGACCGUCUGUGAGUUUUGAGCAGGCAUCAAGGCCGCAGGAGAGAUAGGGUCCCGCCUUGCUUUCAGCUGCCAACCUGUGGAUCCCCCUGUAUAUCCUUUUCAACAACAUUUACCUGUGGCUAUUCCAGUUGGAGGCAUUCUUAGCCACUCCACUCCCCAUUAGGGCCCUCACGCUUCCCUUUGAUCACUAAUCAAUCUGACAUGCCCCCUGGCGCUCCUCAGCACUGCACUCUAGGCAGCCACUGCUACCUUUGCCCUUUGUCGAGAGAGAUGGAGACUCCUUUCUUCCUCCUCUUGUCCAGUUCCUUCAUUUAUAGGUGGUAACAGUGAGGUCCUGGGAUGGAAGAUCUCUCCAAAAUCACACAAGGGGUGCCUGCUUCCUGGCUACCUCUACUCUUUCUCUGCAGCCCACUCCCUGCCCAGUCUCAUCGAUUUAGCAGUUCUGGUAAAUCAUAUGAUAGAAGCAGGUGGAUUUCUGGGAUAUUCCAAAUUUGGGGGCUAUCUGUCAGUCUGUGGCCUCUGAGGAACCAUGUGGUCAGUCUUCCCAUGGGGUCAGAGGGCCAGCUGGUGUCCCAGCAUGAUGAAGGCCAACCCACUAUAGUGAUUGGCAUAUAUGAUCCACUUUCUUGAGUCUUGGGGUACCAACUCAACUCCCUGACCUAAAAGCAGCAAGCCUAGACCUCUAGAGAAGACCUUAACCCCAUCCCAGACAUAACCCAAAUAACUUCCUUCUGAUAAAUAUACUAGUAUCUCCAUACAACUUCAGAUCUCAUGAGGUGUUCACACCACUCAUCACACCAUUGACUAUUUAUUGAGCACAUGCUAUGUACCAGGCACCUUGACAAGCAUUUUAACAAAUAAAUAUUAUUUAAUAUUUACCCAAUGGUAUGGGACCAUCAUUAUUUUCCAUCUGAGGACACUGAAACUUAGAGAAGUUAAAUGUUUUUGAGUUUAUUACAUGGAGCAAGAGGCAGAGACUGGACUCAAACCCAUCUACAUGGACCUGAAGAUCAUACACAUAAC